AUGUCAUCGGAGCAGGUAUACGAGAAGUAUCGUCUUCUUGAAGACGAACUCGGAGCUUCAGGGGAGGAAACGGCCUCGGAAAGUGCAGGUCGCCCAGAGCGACACUUCCAACCCGGUCAUGUAUCAUCACCAAGGUUAUGGAGAAGCCUGGCAAUCUUCUCAGCGGCUUUGUUAUCCCAUGCAGUCAUUUUCUUCCUAGGCUUCAAAGUACGGCAGUAUUCUGCUACAGAAGGCCUUUCACCAUACCUAAAGCUGGGGUAUUCUAACCUUGAUACGCUCUGGUGGAAUACGGAGUACAGUGAUGGGGAAACAGAUGAGGCGGAGUUGAACAGACUUUGGGAUAGCACUAUCCCUUGGGAGACCGGCAUCAUUGCGCUAGCAAACGAGGAGGCUGCGGAGAUGGGUCUUCCGGACUCACAGCCUUUUCCAUAG